AUGUCUACUGCAAACGUGUUACGGUACUCUGCGCUGGGUCUUGGUGUGUUUGUCGGGCUGAAGAAUGAUCUCGGGUUCAGGUCUGCAGCGAAGAGCAAAAAGGAGGAGGAGAAGUAUCAGCAGAAGGUGAAGCUCGUUGAGGAGGCCAGAGGUGAGUGGAAGAAAUUACAUCCACCUGCAGUGGUACCCACCAGCGGGGCUGCUCAAGUCAACCUGGAUGACCCAAAUUUUGAUUUCGGGAAGUACAUUGACGGAGUCCUCGGGUCGUUGAAAUCUACUUGA